AUGGAUUCUAGAACUGAACUCAUGGCCUUCAUGACUAUUUCAAGACAUUGUCUUCAUCUGGGCAUUAUGGGCUGGAUGACAAACACAAGUAUUCCAACAUUGUCUAGAGUGCUUGUUGCCUGGUCUGUUUUUUUAGUUGAGUUGUUUGAAAGUAUUGAUCUAACACCAUUGCCAGGGGAAAGAGAAGCCUUCAUCCCUAAUGAAUUUGAAAGUSCUGGAUUUGGGGACACAUCUUGUCUUGGAGAUUGCACUGAGACACAGAUCUCAGCCUCAGAAAACUUUGAUCUCAAUAAUAUAACUUUCAGUCAAUAUAAAAAUCAUACAACUGGAAAAACUGCAGUGUGGAUCACCCCUCAAGGAACUCUAUUACAAUGUAGUGAUACAUACCCUGGAACAAUAUCUGAUAGUGAUAUCACAGAACAGUCUGGAGUUCUUGAUAUGGUGGAUAAAGGAAGUAUUGUAUUAACAGACAAAGGAUUCGGCAUCACUGACCUGUGCCUCAAGAAAGGUUUGCAUCACAACCGCCCACCCCUUAAGUUUGACAUUCAAUACGACGAAACUGACAUCAGUAGAAACUUUGAUAUUGCUWYACUUAGAAUAUAUAAUGAAAACUACAUAGGUAGGAUGAGAGACUGGGCAAURCUGAAUGCUUGCUGGCCCUUAAACAGAAUUGAUAUUCUUUGUUAUGUACACAAGUUGCUUGCAAACAUUGUGAAUAUUUUUAAGAAGCCCAUUGGACCAAAAGAUACUUGA